UUCCUCGCUGCUGCAGGUUGAAUCAGUUGCCCUUGUUUCCUGUCACAUGGCUUGGAAAUCGGAUCCCUGCUUUCUACUAUCUGCUGUAGUCUCAGUCGAGUUGUUGUAGUAGUAGUAGUAGUAGUAACUUGGAGACGUAUCAACUUUUACUUGGACUUGUAACGAGGAGCGAAGAGAGCGACACGAGCAGUCCCCGUAGUCCCCGGUGUGCAGGCAUCGCUUCCCCGAGCCGUAGUCCACCUGAGGACCCUGAACCUUGCGCCGUAUCACCUCACCAGUCACCAUGGAUGCCUGGACGGUCACCUCCGCGCUGUUCCUGGCUGGGUUCAUCUCUUCUGCGGCUUUCAAUCAUUUUGACACGGAGUGCUACACGGCGAACGGAGAGGACUACAGAGGGUUUCAGAACGUGACCAGCCUGCAUGGGGGUAAACCGUGUCUGUUUUGGAAUGAGACGUUUCAGCACCCGUACAACACACUCAAAUACCCCAACGGAGAGGGCGGACUGGGCAGCCAUAACUACUGCAGGAAUCCAGAUGGAGACGUUCAGCCUUGGUGCUACAUCGCAGACCAUGAAGACGGCAUCUACUGGCGCUACUGUGACAUCCCCACCUGUCAGAUGCCUGGAAACUUAGGCUGUUACAAAGACAGUGGGGACCCUCCAACUCUGUCCGGCACCAGCGAGACUUCCAACAAACUCACCAUCCAAAACUGCAUCAGCUUCUGUCGCAAACAGAGAUACAGGUUGGCCGGGAUGGAGUCGGGAUAUGCCUGUUUCUGUGGCAAUGAGGUGGACCUGCAGGAGAACGGGGAGUCGCCUGGGAUGGAGUGUAAUCACGUCUGCUUCGGGAACCACAACCAGCCGUGUGGAGGUGAUGGAUGGGUCAUCAUAUUCGACACUCGAGUGGGGGCCUGUGGUGGUAACUACACCUCCCCCUCCGGAGUCAUCUACUCACCAGAUUUUCCUGACAAAUACAACCCAGGCCGCGUGUGCUACUGGACCAUUCAAGUACCAGGGGCCUCCGCCAUUCUUUUCAACUUCACCUUCUUUGACAUUUCGGACCAGACGGACAUGGUGGAGAUGCUGGACGGGUACACGAACCAGGUGGUGGCGCGUUUCGACUGGCGUAGCCCACCCCGAGAGCUGGUCAAUAUCACCGGGGACUUUGUCAUCUUGUACUUCUUCUCGGAUCGCACCAACCAGGCCCAAGGAUUCGCCCUGCUCUACCAAGCGCUGCGAGGGCCGGACAGACCCGACUCAGAGGAUGAUGGGGAGGACAUUUCCAGUACUACGGGCCCACAGCUGGCAGGAGGAGUCACCGAGCGUUCCAACGGCACCACCGGGGGGCGCACCUCACAGAUCCUCUACGUCAUCACGUCCAGCCCUGGGAAACCGGAGCACAGCAUGCCAGGUCAGUGGGCUGGACGCUCCCAGACCACCGGCCACAGCGCUAUGUGGACCAUCUACGCUCUGGCCGCUCUGCUCGUCCUCACCGUUAUUGCCAUGGUGGCCAAGCUGCUGCUGCACAUUACAGUCAAGGCUCCGAACAUCCCAACAGUAAGCGGUUCAGACAGCUGCAGUCAGAGCACCACAUCUUCAGAGCCUUGGAUCAUCCUUUACCGACCUUCUACCAUCUCCCUGUUCAAGAAGAAACUAAAGAACCACCACGGAGACCUCAGCCCCCUGGUGGGCAACUAGUGCCACUGCCGCCAUCGCUGCUGCUGCUGCUGAUAAUAAUGAUGAUGCGCUUCACUGAGAACUAAUCACUUCCCUCAAUUCUUUUGUGUACGCCGAACGCCAGGGCUACACCUAAUAGGACUCGGAUGAGCAAGCUAAAGCUAACAAGCUAAACAAGUGCGUGGCUAAUGGCUAACAAAUGGGGAACUGCUACCAAAAUGGCAUUUAGGCCAGAGCGGUUGGGCCAAAGAUGAGAGGACGCGAGGGGAAUUUCGUGAACGCAAUGGAUUAUCAAGUAAAACAUAUUCUUCGUAAAGGGUUUGUGGUUUUGGUUACUACAAAAUGGAGCCCUUCAAGAUUUUGGACGCUUUGUUGAGGGACAAAAUAAGACUUUACUGUACGUACUGCUAGCGCUACUUGCAGUUCACCAGUGUCAAAACGAGUUCGACACACACAUAACUGCCUCAUAUGGACCAAAAACUAUCCUUCCAUCCAAAGAAACACGUGUUUGUUUAUUUGUUUUCUUCUGCAAACGUUUCUGUUAAGUUUUGCAGGAUGCGAGCUCACCGCGGAUGACGAAACAGAAUAAAAAAGACUCGGAAAGGUAGAUGCCACAGCACUUUGGGGUAUAAAUCAGGCUUUAUAAAAGAUCUAAGGCUAGAGCUCGCCCACUCCUAAAUCGGCGUGGAUCCCUUUGGGGAGAAGAAACCGCAACAUUCACCCGAGGGGGGUAGUUUUGUUGGAAAGACGGGUGGUGCCGAUUGCAGACAAGCUAACUGCCAUUUAGGGAUUGGCUGGGGUAGAUGUGAGAGCGGUGUAUGCUAGCUCGUGAGUGAGUGGGUGGUUUUCUGGUUUGAUCGUGUUCAAGUAAAGUGCCUUAAGGAUCUGUUUUGGAAGGCUCACAUCUGUGUGUGUGAACAGGGUUCCUCUGUGGAGUGAGCGCUCCACUCUGUAAAAUCACUGUGAGAUCUUUGAUUAAAUGGCAGAAAUGAAUGGAAAAUAUUGAUGACAUAUAAGCAGAGGUGGGUAGCAGCUGGAUAUCAGUUGUAUUUACUUGAGUAAUCUUUUCAAAAAAAUUAUAUUCGCAAAGAAGCAAAACAAAAACAUGAAAUCUGUCAACUGGACAAAUCGUUGUAGGAGUGAAGAAGUUUCGCUGCUCGUCCAAGCAGCUUCUUCAUUUCUGGUCAGAUCACUGCUGGACACUGCCUUAUAUCCAUCUGAAGGGAGGAGCUAACUACACUGAAACUAAAAACACCUAUUGUUCAUAGUUUCUGUUUACAGGCUAGAAGAAGCAGCUUGGAUGAGCAGCAAAACGUCUUCACUCCUACAACGUUGGACAGAUUUUAUAUUUUUCUUUUUCAAUGGAUCAGACCUGGACGACUGAGGGAUUACACAGAUAUAACCUCAAAGUAGUUUUCUCAACACCUUACAUUUACUUCUACUUUAGUAAGCCUUACUUGGGUAAAAGUAGUGGUUCCUCCCCCCAAUAUGAGUAAUAAUGUUUGAAUAUUUGAGUUUUCUGAACCUUUAAAUGUUGAAAAUACCAGAUUCUACAGGGUUUAGAUUUGUCCGUCCCAUUACACACUCAAAUCCGAAGUCCAAACAGUUACGCAGUGAGGUGUAAUAGUCACCAAAUACUUUUUUAUUUGGGUCACGACUAUUGGCUUCUACUAAUACUAAUGUAAAGUAACUGUACUCUUAUAGCUAUUCUACCCACCUCUGAUUAUAUAAAGAGUACACCUUGUAGAUUGGAUAGUGGACAUUGUGAGCACAUUGACUUAAGGGGCCCAUAUUACUCUAGUUACUGAUCUAUGUUUUAAUGUUGUUUCCUCAUCACAAACAGACUAAGACUAAGACUAGUAAUAAAGGAUUACUCAAACAUGUGUGAAUGAACCAAAACACAGCUCUAGGUAUGUUUUUGAGGAAGUAACAACAUUAUAACACGACUUAACGCUCACAAGAGUCAGUUUUGCGUAAUAUAGGACCUUUUACAACACCCACCUCUUUCUGUUGUACAAGAUAGCUGUUAUUUCUUCCGUCUGUCUGUGUGCUCUGUCUGGAUAGUCUGGGACAUUUACUGAGCAUAUUGUUCACAUUUAGUUGUCCUCUGAUUACAAGGGGGCACAUGUUGUUGUUGUACAUUAUGUAAUUCAGCCUGGGAAUGACGAUAUUUAUGUCAGCUCUUUUUUUUUGGUGUUUGGACAAAAGGAAAAAACACAGCAAACGCCUAUGGAUUCACACACAAGCGGUUCAUGUGGGAUUCAGUUUAAUGCGGUAAAAUAUUUGCAACUUGCUACAGAACUUGUGGUAUGUGAUCGAGUUUAAAUACAGGGAGAUAGAGGCAUGUCGUUACACUUAAUGAAAAUAUUGUGUAAAAUAUGAUAGAGUCACUGAACUAAAAUUGAUAAAAGGAAAAACAUAAGCGAGAUCAUUUUAUAUAUUGUUAAGGUUGCAUUACGUUACAAUACAGUAAUGCCAUGACUACAGGACAGUCAUGGUCAGGAGAGUCGACAGAGGGGGACAAAGGGGUCUGUUGUCCCGGGCCCCAGGGUCUUAAGGGCCCACAAUUGCAUCCUCUUCCUAUUAAUUUAUAUUACAGGGGGAACGCCCAUGUGAGGCUUCUUGUCUCGGACUUGGACAUGGUAAUAAGAUAAUUACAACUACACAUAUCCAAGCAGCGAAACAUGAAAAAAAAAAAGAAUAUUCAUGUUCUACGGUCGUGAAAUCUUAACUGUUUUAAAAAUACUUCCAUGACCUACAGGCCUUGUUACCACGAAAAUACCAAAAUGACCAAAAUUGUUGUUAGGUAGGUUUCUGUCCUAUUACCAUGUUGUUAUUACAUUGAAAUGUCCAGUAGAGGAUGAUUUUUUUUUUUUUUUCAGUCGAUCUGCUGCCUAAAAAAUACACACAAAGCUUUAUAUUAACACUUUAGUUUUACUCAUUGACCCCAAAAUAUCGCAAUAUCUUAUCAGCCAUUGUUUCCUCUGUAUUUUAAUCAAUCCGUAUCGGCGUUGGCCAUGAAAAAACACCACAGCGGUCGAUCUCUACUGUACAUUGGUGCUAUCUGAAACAAAUAGUAACUACGUGUUUGCACAGAGAACAACUAUUUCUCACUUUUUUCCUUUUUGCAAAUAUCAGCGUUGUCGUGACAAACCUACCCAGUGUAACGGCGUGUCUCUGUCCUCUGGAGCCGGCGCUUACAGCAGUGACUUUAAACUACUCCUGAAAGGUCAAAAUACAGCCACUGCUCCAUCUGCAUAGUAAUCGUCCUUCACUGUUAAACUAAAGGGAGCUCCUCUCAGUACAGGGUCAACACAUUAAAUCUAUUGACGUGGAGUAAACAAGGAUUUGCAUAUUGAUGGGAUAUUAAUGUACGAUUUAUGUCAGAUGCCAUUUUGAUUGUUUUAUCCAGGCUUUGGACUAUCGCAAAUAAUAAUAACAUUGGCUUUUAAAAUGUUGUUUCCUUAUCACAAACAGACCUGGAGUUGUGUUAUGUUUCAUUUACACAUGUUUUAACUCACAUAUCCUGCAUAUUUAGGCUGAUUUCUUCCCUGAAACAGGAAACUCUCUGCGCCACCUUGUGAUGUCAUGUGGUAAUACAGGAAGUGCUCCACUGUGUUUUUAAACUGCUGACUGUAUAAAGAAGUGGACAAAGGGAAAGUGACAUCACCCGUAGCGUUCAGCUCCAGCCAAAUGAAGCUCGUUGAGGCUAGUGGUGACAGUGAAUGAAACAAAACACAACUCCAGGUUUGUUUGUGAUGAGGUAAUGACAUUAUAACAUGGCUAAAAUCUCACAAGUGUCCAUUUUGUGUAAUAUUGGACUUUUAACCAACUUUCGGCUCAUUGUGCACUUACCCUACGAAAUUAAUUUGUACUUUUCAGUUACAGCAAUUAAAAGCCAUGUACUUAUCAUACAUAAGCACUUGAUAUGAUCUAAAACUUAAACAAAAGUACAACCGGAACUAUUUUUGCUUGCAAGAAAAAAAUUUAAACUACCGGUAUAUUAAUUAUCUCAAGUAAAAAUAGCAGACAAGGCACACAAAAGUGAAAGUAAAAUUCAAAUUCAACCAGACAGCACCAUUUUGGAAAACCCAGUGUUUUUAUUAUGCAAACUGGAAUAUUUAGUCCUGCCGUCCAUCUGAGAUUUGAGAUUUAAGAUUUAAAAAUGGCGGUCCAUUAGCUGACAUAAGCAUCACGCUAACAUCACAAGUUCUGCUUUGACCAAAUCAUUGUUUUCAUGCAAUUGUAUAUAGUUUAGUGAAAAGUUUAAUUUAUACAGUAAAUUAUUGAUGUUUUUUUGUAUGUGAAUGGGAUAUAAUCUAUCUUUUGUAUAAGUGAAGUACUUUGUAGUUUUAUUUAAAGUGUCCUGGUCGCAAUAAACACUGUAUGCAUGUUUCGUAA